AUGAAAAGAAUGCAGAAAUUAUUGGUAGUCAUUCUGGUUAAUAUUAGUUGUAGGCCUAUAUUAAGCGUCAAUCGUAUUGAAAUCCAGCCUAAAGACCUAACUGUAUUCGAAGGAGAGAAUGCCUCCUUCGAAGUCCAAUCUACAUCUGCAUUAACAUGGGUGUGGUUUAGGAUACAAGAUAACACAGCAUAUAAGGUAAAUGACAAAAGGUACGUUAUAUUUGUUAACGGCAUGAGAACGGCGAGUAAUUUGACAGUCUUAAAUGUGACAAAGGCUGAUGAUCAGACAAACUACGUUUGCCGAGGAGAUUUUAGUGUUAGUAGUAGGCCUAGUAUUUAUACUCGUUAUGCAACUCUUACAGUCAUUACACCUCUCGAUACAGAUUAUCCAAAAUGUACAAUUGACAAUAUUGACAGUAUACAUGUAGGAGAAACUGUGAAUAUCUUCUGCACCGCAAUCGGUGGUGUACCAAGACCAUCAUUAAAUUGGUUCGAAAACAAUAUCAAAAUUAAAGAAACCAUAGACUUCGUGUCACAAAACAGCAGUAAUACUUACCUAAACAUAUUGUCAAUCUCGUUGUCAAAUGAGGACAAUGGAGUUGAAUUUAAAUGCAAAGCUGAUGGAAAAUCUGUAGUUGGAAACCAAUCUUGCUCUGUUGUGCCUUUAAGCAUCAAACCGAAUGUAAGUAUAAUCAUAACUAAAAUGUCAUAUGACGUUGGAGACUCAUUAAACAUUACCUGUUCAGGUGAGGGGAUUCCACGUAUUACAGAAUAUAACUGGUUCUUCAACAAUGAGCACGUGACGUCAUCUCAAUCAAUGUUCAAUAUUAUUGGAAAUGGAACGAUUUUAGAGAUUUUAGAACUUCAAACUGAACACUUAGAUGCUGAAAUAAAAUGCAAAGUCAGUAUACCAUCUGGAUUAAGUGCCAAUAAAAGCAUCACCCUUUCUUUCACCAGUCAGAAUGCAGCAACUAACGACUUGAUCAUUUACAUAGUAAGCGGAUCUGUAGUAGGCCUACUUAUUUUACUAGGCCUACUUGCAGUUUGUAUCAAAACGAAAAUUGAGAGGAAUUACGAAAAACAGAGCAGAUUGACGGCAGCAUAUGCCAAUCACGAUGUAUCGUUGAACCAGGUUGAAAGUAAUCGAGACUGGUAUAAUAGUGAGCCUCAACCAGAACAUCCAAAGCCCAUGUCGAUAACUAAAAGUUCCGAAAAUGAUGUCUUAGAAUCCGCUGUACCCGACAUCAAACAAAUUCAAGCCUUAAGCCUCAAAGAAAAAUAUUCAUUGGAAAACAUUUCCGAAAGAGAACCACGACAAAGAAGCAGGGAAAGAAGGCUAUCCACUCGAUCUGUUGACGACCUUUAUGCUGAGCCUGAAUUUAAUAAUACAGAAACUACCAAGUCAGACCUGAUUGAAGGGCUAUAUGCCAAGCCGAACAAACCGAAGGAUAAGAGAAAGUUGCCUACUCAGUCUAGGUAUGCCGUUGGUCCCAAUAAUGACGUAUAUACGUUACCAAUACGAAUUAAUCAAACGACUAUCAAUGGAUACUCCAAGGAAUUUAGAGUGAUCAACCAAAGGAAAAACAUAAUCAUUGAGUUUGAUCUGCAGCUGACCUAG